UUGGUUUAUCUAGUCUGUGUCAGGAUGUCACUCAUAUUACUCUUGAUCCUCUCUGUGUUUGUAGGUGAGUGCUGAAUUCUCAGCUGAAACCAAAUAAAAUGUUAUUUGCCUGUGUUCAAUUAAUGAUUCCAUAAAAACUAAAUGGUAGUAAUACUCUAAAAUUGUGAUUGUUACUGUUAUCAUGUAUGUACGUUAUCAUGUCUGUACGUUUUGAAUCACAAUACUUAUGUUGUUGCAGGUGAUAGUAUGGAGCAGGAAACAAUAACUCCAGUGAAGUAUGAAGUCAAUGUUCUCCAAGGAACAGACAUCACUCUCUCCUGCAACUACAAGGGAAAUGUUAACUAUCUCCAAUGGUACCGUCAAUACCCCAGAUCUAGACCAGAAUGUCUUCUUUUGAUCCUACAAAGCAGCAUGUAUGUAAAGAAUACAUCCAUUACCACUCCACGACACACUGGUAGACUGAAUGAAGAGAAGACCCGUGUUGACUUGAAGAUCUCCUCUGCUAUAUUGGAAGACUCUGCUCUGUACUACUGCGCCUUGCAGCCCACAGUGACAGGAAACCCAGACACACCGCACAAAAACCUGUCAAGAGCCUUGGGGAUAAACAGUGCCUUGGUGGAGACAUUGCAUUCUGAUAGAUCAGUUAUUAUUUAGAGUACAUUAUUACAAAUAUUUUCCCUGCAUCUCCACAUCAACUGAAAAAUAAAAUAUAACUGUUAUUUUAUUGAAAUAUAUUCCCUUCUUCAGGAAAUAAUACUUGAUAUUGUAUUCAUGUUCCUGUUGUGAUAUAACAUGAUCACUGAUACUAGUCUGAAUAAAUACAGAAUGAAUAACAUUUGUUGAGUUGUUUUGCUUUCUUAGAGGAUUAAGGGCAGUAAUUGUCUUAUUCUUAUCCAUUGUUUUUUGUCAACAGCAUACAUUUUGAGACAAUACCAAUAGAGGGCAGUCAUUUGCUGAUAUAUCUCUAUUCAGAACUACAGCAAAAUCAUGAAGAUUACAUUUAGCAGCAAUCCAACCCAGAAAGAUAGUUGAACUUAAAUACCCAACCAACUUUAGUGUAGAGAGGUGGAGCUACAAAGUCAAUGAGUGCUUUGACAUUACAGUAUGUAGUCUACAAGAUGUUUGAGGAGAGGAUACUGAUACACUCUUACUUGACAGCGCAUGAAGCCAGUCAUUCAGUCACCAUAAAUAUGUUGUAUGCAAUUCUACUUCUUUCAAUGUUCAUUGGUAAGUUCAUAGGUUUUGCACUGCAAUUUUGGAUUGCAGACAUAUGUCGAUAAAGCAUUUAUGUCACAUGAAUUGCAAUAUGAUGUAUUUAAAACAUGUUUAACAUUAUUUAUUUCAGGUAGCAGUUAUGAGGAGGAAAUAAUAUCAGCCACAAAUGAAGAGCAUGUUUUAGAGGGUGAUGGUGUUACUCUGUCCUGCAACUACACUGGCUCUUACGGUAGUGAUACUUUACUGUGGUAUCAACAAUACCCCAGAUCAAAACCAGAAUUCCUGCUUCUCCUCACUGAAGGAGGGUUAAAAACACAUAAUGAAUCGACCCACCCUCGACUGUCUGUUAAACUGAAUGAUGAGAAAACCCAUGUGGAUCUGUUGAUAUCCUCUGCUGAAGUGACAGACUCUGCUCUUUACUACUGUGCUCUGAAGCCCACAGUGACAGGAAACCCAGAAACACUGUACAAAAACCUAACAUAUACCGUAGAAAGAAAGCCAUAACAGAAAACAUUUCACAUUGGUGUCAAGAGGAGGGGAUGGAUAAUCAAAGAUCCACAUGUAGCUUAUGGGAUGUUAUUGUUCAGUAGCUAGUCAGUCAGGUCUCUCAGUGCUGUGUCUGUCUGUCUGUCUGUCUGUCUGUCUGUCUGUCUGUCUGUCUGUCUGUCUGUCUGUCUGUCUGUCUGUCUGUCUGUCUGUCUGUCUGUCUGUCUGUCUGUCUGUCUGUCUGUCUGUUUCUCAAAGGUCUAACAAGAUGUUGCUCUUCUAAUUUGUUCUCUUUUCAGCUUUUUUAGGUGAGUUAUUAUAUGAUUUAAAUAUUUUAAUGUAAUCUUACAGUGAAUGAACAGCACAAAAAUACAGUAAUUGCACACUAAUAUUUUUUAAAUGUCAGUUACAACUGCACAGUUUUACAGUUACAGAAGAUUUUUAACCAAAUAUCUUUACAGGAAACAGUUUUGGGCAAUCAUUAAACCCUGUGACUACUAAAGAGCUUGUUCAGGAGGGAAGGAAUGUCCAUCUCUCCUGCAAACAUGAUGGCACUGUUUACAAUCUACAGUGGUACGACCAGUAUCCCAGAUCCAAACCAGAAUUAAUCUUGUACAUCACACCAGAGGGUUCUAUAUUUAAAGCUACUCCCCCACAUCCUCGUCUGACAGUUUCCAUUGACAAAGUGGACAAACAUGUUGACCUGAAGAUCUCUUCUGAUGAUGUGACAGACUCUGCUUUGUUCUACCGUGCCAUGAAGACCACAGUUACAGGAAACUCUGACACACUGUACAAAAACCUUUCAAGAACCAUGGGAGGAAACAAACAUCCUGUAUGACAUACAUAAGUAACAUACCUACUGUAUUUUAAGGGGAGGGACUUAUGGAAGAGGAUGAGCUGAACAGCAGUAUAAAAAAAUAAAAACAGGAGGAAACUUUCAGUGACUGCUUAGAUCUUUCUGUCAGUUUGUCUCUGUUCAUCUAAGAUGCAGUUGCUGUAUUCAGUGUUGUUCCUGACCACAUUUAUGGGUAUGUGACACCAUACAAUUCAAUACAAUACAUUGCCAUUUGAAUUCAAUUCAAUUUCAAGUACAUUUUCAUGAACAAUUAAAUGUAUGUGUAUUAAAACCAUUCUCUAUACAGGAGUCAGUUGUGAGGACCUCACUCCACUCAAGAAAGAAGAGUAUUGUUUAGAGGGAACAGCUGUUACCCUGUCUUACAACUACUCCAGAACAGCUACUGGUGGAGAUCAAUUCUAUUGGUAUCACCAAGACACAGCACAAAGGCCAGAGUUCCUCCUGUACAUCUCAGGUUCAGGGUUUAUAAAGAAAGCAGAUCCUUUGAACACUCGAAUAUCUGCAAAACUGAAUGAAGAGAAAAACCGUUUGGAUCUGGAGAUCUCCUCUGCUGAAGUGACAGACUCUGCUCUGUACUACUGUGCUGUGAGGCCCACAGUGACAGGAAACCUACACACACUGUACAAAAACCUCAGCAGGGACCACAUCAGCAGGGAUUUCCUAUGGUUUUUCUAUGAUUCAUGUCUAACCCUUACUUUUUAGGCAUCAAAACAGUAAUAAAUGCUGCGAAUAUUGUUCACCUGUGUAUGUUUCACCUGUCCUUAAUUUGAUUUGAGCUUUCACAGAUUCUGUCAAUUUGUUGAGUAUUCCUAUUCUGUUACAGUCAGGUCUUUUAACCACAUCAUAUACAUUAUGUGCCAUCAUUACUCUCAACAUGUACAGUCAUGUUGCAGAUCUUUAUCAAGGGUGCCAAUAAUCAUGGACCUGACUUCUCAGUGGUUUGGUCCUCUGCUGGUAAAUCCAUAUACUGCACACUUUAGAGGCGCAUGCCUUAAAAUAAACUGACGGGUAUCUCAAUCCCAGUGCGCAAUAGCCUGAGGAUGAGGUUAAGUGAAUGGUAAUGGACCAGACAAACACAAAAGGUUUUUACACUGUUUUGGUCUGGUCAAGUCCAUAAUUAUUGGCACCCUUGAUAAAGAUGAACAAAAAAUACUAUAUAAAACAAAUAAGACAAAUACUGAGCUACACUGAGCUUACAAAACAUUAAGAACACCUGCUCUUUCAGUGUCAUAGACUGACCAGUUGAAUCCAGGUGAAAGUUAUGAUCCCUUAUUGAUGUCACUUCUUACAUCCACAUCAAUCAAUCAGUGUAUAUGAAGGGAAGGAGACAGGUUGAAGAAGGAUUUAUCAACCUUGAGACAACUGAGACGUGUCAACAACUGCAAUGCUGAUGGGUUUUUCACGCUGAACAGUUUCCCGUGUGUAUCAAGAAUGGUCCACCACCCAAAGGACAUCCAGCCAACUUGACACCACUGUGGGAAGCAUUGGAGUCAACACGGGCCAGCAUCCCUGUGGAACGCUUUCGACACCUUGUAGAGUCCAUGCCCCGACAAAUUGAUACUGUUCUGAGGGCAAAAGGGAGGCUGUGCAACUCAAUAUUAGGAAGGUGUUGCUAAUAUUUAGUAUACUCAGUGUAUAUUGUAUGCUCAAAGAAAUGUGUUAAUUAUUAAAUGUUAUACUAAUGAUUUUGCUCAGAGAAAGAUAUGUUGUUUAACAAGGAAUAAAACACAUUUUUAAAAGAUAGGGGUCAAAAUUAUUGGCCCCCCGGUUUUCAAUACUUCCCUUGCCAGUGGGGUGGUAAGUAGCCUAGUGGUUAAGAGCGUUGGGCCAGUAACCGAAAAGUUAGCCUGAGACGACUAAGUGAAAAAUCUGUCGAUGUGCCCAUGAGCAAGGUAUUUAUCCUUAAUUGCUCCUGUAAGUCACUCUGGAUAAGAACGUCUGCAAAAUGACUAAAAUUUACUUUUAAAAAAAUAACGACACAACCUUUUUCUAAAAUGUUUUAUGAGAUUGGGGAACACAUUGGGAGGGAUCUUAGACCAUUCCUCCAUAUAGAAUCUUUCCAGAUCCUUGAUAUCCUUUGUCUGCUAAUAUAGACUGCCCUCUUCAAUUCAAACCACAGGAGACUGAGAUGGCUAUUACAAAAUAUUGAUUUUGUGGCCAAUUACCCAUUUCUUAGGGGAUAUUGAUUAGUGCUUGCGGUUAUUGUCUUGCUGAAAGAUCCACUUGUGGCCAAGUGUCAGCCCCCUGGCUGAGGCAAACAGGUUUUUUGGCUAAAAUGUCCUGGUACUUGCUAAAGUUGAUGAUGCCAUUGACCUGAUGCCGAACAGUCGAAGCGAAAUAGCCCCAUAACAUCAAAGAUCCACCACCAUAUUUUACCAUAGGUAUGAGGUACUUAGCAUACGCUUCUGUUUCUCCAGCCUGGUAUCAGCAGAGAAGUGUCAAUCGGGUACAUUUUUGCAAAAAGAUAUGCCUCAAACAACAUGAAGCUUUUGUGAUUAAAUUGCAUUCAAUGGGGGGAAGAUUAGUGUCACAAUAUUGAAGCCUUAAAAAUAAGAGUCAGAGACAUGAUUCCUCAGUGAUUACAUUCCAUUCAAUGAGUCUCGCUCUCACUCUCAAAAAGAUACACUUCAAUUUAUUUUACGCAUAAGUCAAUACAUUGCAUUCAAGGCAAAUAUAGUUGGUGAAAAAGCUGAAAUGGGUAAAUUGCAGGUAGAUUGGACUGUAGUGAGAGCUAAACCUCCAUACCCUCACCUCACUGUUAAACUGAACAAAGAGAAGACCUGUGUGGAUCGGGAGAUCUCUUCUGCUGAAGUGAGAGACUGCUCUGUACUACUGUGCUGUAGAUCCUAUAAUGACAGGAAACUGAGAAACACUGUACAAAAACCAUAAGACACACUGCACUGUACUGCUGUGCUGUGACGUCCACAGUGACGCAUAACUUAUUGACUCAGCAGUGAGCUGAAUUUAUGGAUUUACAAGCACCUGCUGUCUUCUGUUAGACCACAGUGCCAUCAAGUGGAUUCUCUGGUGAAUAAAUCAAAUGUGUAUGAAACAUAUUUGAUUCUACAUUGUCAGUAGGAGGAGCUAGAGUAUAAUACUCAGGAUUAGAUCAUGAAUCCUCAUAAUAAGACAUGAUGCUACCAUGAAGAUCAUAGCCAGUUGAUGCUGUGCUUUUCAUCAGCAGCUGGUGCUUAUUCUACACAUCCUGCCAUCUAUCAUGUUGUUCUGUUCACUAUUACUGUUCUUUGACUUGAUAGGUAAGUAAUGACAUUUGUAUUGAAACUGAGUGUUAUUAUGUUAAGGUGUAUUCAUUUUUCAAAUCAAAGAUUACGAAGAUAAUGCACAACAUGAGGAUACAUGUUUUUUUACUUUUAAAUGUUUUCUCUUUAAACAGCAUUUGAAAUUAAUUCCAUCGUAUGUGUGGGUAUAAAGUAUUAUAUAUAAUAUAUAUAUAUAAUUUUUUUACAGGUCUCAGUUCUGAACAGGUAUUAACACCCUACACUGAUGUAGAAGUGGCUUCAGAAAGGGACAGUCGUUCUCUCUUGUAACUACACCUCUGGUGACUAUCUUCAAUGGUAUCGACAAUAUCCAAAAUCAGCACCAAAGUUACUGGUUACGGAGUAUGCGGAUAUUACACCAGGAUUCACUCUGAAUCAUGACAAAAAUGCCAAACGUAUGGAUCUGGAGAUUUUCUCUGCUGAGAUGACAGACUCUGCUCUGUACUACUGUGCUCUGAGGCCCACAGUGACAGGAAACCAAGAAACACUGUACAAAAACCUAGAACAUCUGAUUGAGGGGAGAAAGUUAUCAACAGGCACAUUAAUGAAUUUGUCCAAAACACUAAGGCUUGGAUUCAAUCAGAUCAAGCACUUGCGGUGUUGGAGGUGUAACUGCGUUGGAGAUGUCAAAUCGGUGAACAGCUGCUCUUGAUCAUUGUCACAAAGCCUAACCUGGUCUGAGAGCAUUUCGUAAAUCCAAGACACUCCAUUUAGCAUGAUAUGUUAGGUUUCGUAUGGUAUGUAUUAAUUUGUGGAUGUCCAUCAUCCAUUUUGUAUGAUAGGUUAUGAAUUACAAUUCUAACCCUAACCCUGUCUUUGGCAGUAGGUUGAGCUACAACAUUUUCUCCAAUCGGCAAGACUGAAAGAUUGAUACAGAGAGAGAUAUUCAACUCUGCAUGUAUUGUUUGACGGCUCUAACGCAGUUGCACCUCUGACACCGCCAAAACAACCGCUAUGCAGAUGUUGGCUAAAGUGAAUCUAAUUGAAUAGAGCCCUAAACCCUUCUGUCCUAGCCAGAACCCUAGCCCUAAUAUUAACCCGAGCUUCAUGUCCACACCCCAGAUCAACCCUAACAUUAGCCAUAACCCUAAACCUAACCCUAAAACUAGCUUCAUGUCCACACCCCGGAUCAACCCUAACCUGGUCCUCUGUAGCUCAGCUGGUAGAGCACGGCGCUUGUAACGCCAAGGUAGUGGGUUCGAUCCCCGGGACCACCCAUACACAAAAAUGUAUGCACGCACGACUGUAAGUCGCUUUGGAUAAAAGCGUCUGCUAAAUGGCAUAUUAUUAUUAUUAUUAACCCUAACCCUAACCCUAACCAUAGCAAUAACCCGAACCCUAACCUUAGAUUCAUGUUCACACCCCAGAUUAACCCUAACCCUAAAUUCAUGUCUAGAUCAAUUAUUAACUUCAAACUUUUUUCUUCAUAAUGCAGUAUAACAUGAAUGGAAUGCUUCAAUCCUAGGAUGUACAUUAAACAAGGAUUGCAUGGCACACACAUAAACAAGGUUGUUCACCACCCGCUGUCUUUGGCAGUAGGUGGAGCUACAACAUUUUCUAUAAUCAGCAAGACUGAACGAUUGCUGCAGAGAGAGAUAUUGAGUCUUUUUGAUACUGUAUCUAUCAGCUAUGUUGCUGCUUUCAUCAUUUCUCCUCCUCUCAGUCCUUGUUGGUGAGUGCUGUAUUCAAUUUGACAGUUUAAUUUAAACACCAGAAUGUAUUACAAAGUUGUCAAAAAUACAAUUAUACUUCAAAUUUCAGUGUCACUAAAGUGUAUUAUGGUAAUGAGAAGGGGAAAGGCAUUAUCAACAGACAAAAAAAUCAAAAACAGCAACAUGUUUUUCCUUUUCUGACAAGUAGCAGUUUUGAAGGUGACAUUAAUCCCACUAGUCCUAUGGUAGGUGGUGUGGAGGGUGAUACCAUCACACUAUCCUGCAGCUACAUUGGCUCCUGAAGCUACACUGUCUCUACAGUGGUAUAGUCAGUAUCCCAGGUCUUAACCAGAGUUCCUGAUUCUCAUCACGAAAUCAGGAUUAUCCCAGAAACCCUCCUCGCCUGUCAGCUCAGGUUCAUACAGACCAUGUGGAUCUGGAGAUCACCUCUAUAGACUCUGCUCUGUACUACUGUGCCAUGGAGCCCAAAGUGACAGGAAACACUGACACAAAUGUGGGAUGUAGGAUUUUUGUUUAGAAUUAACUUUAUCUUUAUCAACAUACAAUAUUACAAAAUACUUAUUUUUAAGGUUUAUUUGCAGAUGAUACAUACGCUAUUGCAUUGUGGAUACAUUGAAAAAAAAAAAAAAAAAGCAUUCCCUAUCCAUUUCCAGAUAGAAAUUCAAUAAAAUAUUAGCUAAUGAGGAGGUCAAUAGGAACUGACAGUUUGUGGUUUUACAAACACCUGCUAUUUAGUUUGACCACAGCGCCAUCAAGUGCAGUCUCUAGUGCAUAUAUCAUUAGUAAACUGCUAUCACAAUAUCCCAAAUCAGCACCACAGUUACUGGUUAUGGAGUAUGUGGAUAUUACAUCAGGGUUCACUCUAAAUCAUGACAAAAAGGACAAACGUGUGGAUCUGGAGAUCUCCUCUGUACUAUUCUGCUCUGAGGACCACAGUGACAGGAAUCCCAUAGACACUGUACAAAACCUAUAAUAUCUGAUUGAGGGAAACAUUUGUAUCAACAGGCACGUAAAUUAAUAUGUCCUAAACACUAUACUGCUACACUAGCCAUAACCCGAACCCGAACCCUAACCCUAGCUUCAUAUUCACCACCCGGAUAAACCCUAGCAUUCAUGUCCAGAACUAUUAUUAAUAAAACAUUUAAAAAAUAAUAAAUCAUGAAUGGAGUGGUAUUGUUAAAAAUGCAUUAAUGCAUCAAUCCUACUAUGUAUGAUCAACAAAAAUAUAAAUGCAACAUGCUGAAAUUUCAAAGAUUCUACCUAGUUACAGUUCACAUAAGGAAAUCAGUCAAUUGAAAUUAAUUGAUUAGGCCCUAAUCUAUGGAUUUCACUUGACUUGGAAUACAGAUAUGCAUCUGUUGGUCACCGAUAUCUUUUUAAAAAGGUAGGUGUGUGGAUCAGAAAAUUAGUCAGUAUCUGGUGUGACCACCAUUUGUCUCAUGCAGCACGACAUCCCCUUCACAUAAAGUUGAUCAGGCUGUUGAUAGUGGCCUGUGGAAUGUUGUCCCACUCCACUUCAAUGGCUGUGCGAAGUUGCUGGAUAUUGGCGGGAACUGGAAAUAUGCUGUCGUACACGUAGAUCCAGAGCAUCCCAAACAUGUUCAGUGGGUGCCUUGUCUGAUGAGUAUGCAGGCCAUAGAAGAGCUGGGAAAUGUUCAGCUUCCAAGAAUUGUGUACAGGUCCUUGCGAUAUGGGUCAUGCAUUAUCAUGCUGAAACAUGAGGUGAGGGCGGGGGAUAAAUGGCACAACAAUGGGCCUCAGGAUCUUGACAUGGUAUCUCUGUGCAUUCAUUUUGCCAUCAAUAAAAUGCAAUUGUGUUCGUUGUCCGUAGCUUAUGCCUGCCCAUACCAUAACCCCACCGCCACCAUGGAGCACUCUGUUCAGCAAACCACUCGCCCCUACACAACGCCAUAAACGUGGUCUGGCGGUUGUGAGGCCAUUUGGACAUACUGCCAAAUUCUCUAAAACGACAUUGCAGAGAAAUUAUCAUUAAAUUAUCUGGCAACAACUCUGGUGGACAUUCCUGCAGUCAGCAUACAAAUUGCAAGCUCCCUCAAAACUUGAGACAUCUGUGGCAUUGUGUUGUGUGACAAAACUGCACAUUUUAGAGUGGCCUUUUAUUGUCCCAGCACAAGGUGCACCUGUGUAAUAAUCACGCUGUUUAAUCAGCUUCUUGAUAUGCCACACCUGUCAGGUGGAUGGAUUAUCUUGGCAAAGGAGAAAUGCUCACUUACAUGGAUGUAAACAGAUGUGUGCAAACAAUUUGAGAGAAAUAAGCUUUUUGUGAGUAUGGAAACAUUUCUGUAAUCUUUUAUUUCAGCUCAUGAAACAUGGGAGCAGCACUUUACAUGUUGCGUUAAUUUUUUUGUUCAGUGUACAUUGAACAAGGAUUGCAUGGCACACACAAAAACACAUUUGUUUCCUCACCACCUCCUGUCUUUGGCAGUAGGUGGCGCUGCAACAUUUAUGCCAAUCAGCAAGACAACGAUUGCUACAGAGAGAGAUUUUCAACUCUGCCUGUGAUGUGUCAGAGUCUUUUUGAUACUGUAUCUAUCACCUAUGUUGCCGCUUUCAUAAUGUAUUCUUAAAAGGUUUAUUUGCAGAUGGUACAUAUAUUAGAGCAUGGUAUAGUAUUGUAGAUAUCUCUAUAAAAAAAUAAUAAAAAUAAAAAAAGAAUCUCAGAUAGAAAUUAAGUCUAAUAUAAAUUUGGAGGAGGCCAAUAGGAACUGAAAACCCUUAACCACAAAUCACAGAAGAAGAGUUACAUAUCCAUUUAUCAGAGGAGGGGCCUCAUAGUCAAACACUGGUAUAGGCUUGGCAUACCUGCAACCAUGAGGAUGUCUCUGUAGAGGAUCUACUGAGCUCUCUCACUGUCUUAUCUCUCAGUUGGUUUAUCUAGUCUGUGUCAGGAUGUCACUCAUAUUACUGUUGCUCCUCUCUGUGUUUGUAGGUGAUUGAUCAAUUCUCAGCUGAAACCAAAUAACAUCUUGAUACAGUGAUAUUGCUUAUUUCAAUGAAUGACUUGAUGGCGCCAGAGAAGAUGGCUGCCGUUUUACAGCCCUCUAACCAAUUGUACUAUUAUGUGUGUUUUUCUGCGUUAUUUGUAAUUUAUUUUGUACAUAAUGUUUCUGCCAUCGUCUCUUAUAACCAGAAAGAGCUUCUGGAUAUCAGGACAGCGAUUACUCACCUCGUAUUGGACGAAGAUUUUUUCUUCAACGAGGCGGCCGCGAAGGAUAUUCUACAGACACCCGACAAGGCCCAAAUCCCCGUCAUUUGCAUGAGGAAGAGAUGGAGAUAUCGUGGACAUAGGUCGGGGUGCCUUGUAAGGAUCCGACGGCGAGCGAAUAAACUGCCUCUCCCAUCAAUCCUAUUAGCCAAUCUUCAAUCAUUUGAGAAUAAAUUGGAUGACCUAAGAUUACGAUUAUCCUACCAACGGGACAUUAAAAACUGUAAUAUCUUAUGUUUCACCGAGUCGUGGCUGAACGACGACAUGGACAACAUACAGCUAGCGGGCUAUACGCUACAUCGGCAGGAUAGAACGGCUGACUCCGGUAAGACAAGGGGUGGCAGUCUGUGUAUAUUUGUAAACAACAGCUGGUGCACAAAAUCAAAUACUAAGAAAGUCUCUAGGUUUUACUCGCCUGAGGUAGAGUAUCUUAUGAUAAGCUGUAGACCACACUAUUUACCAAGAGAGUUUUCAUCUAUAUUUUUCAUAGCUGUCUAUUUACCACCACAAACCAAUGCUGACAUUAAGAUUGCACUGAAUGAGCUGUAUAAGGCCAUAAGUCAACAGGAAAACGCUCAUCCAGAGGCAGCGCUCCUAGUGGCCGGGGACUUUAAUGCAGGGAAACUUAAAUCCUUUCUACCUAAUUUCUACCAGCAUGUUAAAUGUGCAACCGGAGGAAAAAAAACUCUAGACCACCUUUACUCCACACACAGAGACGCAUACAAAGCUCUCCCUUGCCCUCCAUUUGGCAAAUCUGACCAUAACUCUAUCCUCCUGAUUCCUGCUUACAAGCAAAAACUAAAGCAGGAAGCACCAGUGACUCGGUUAAUAAAAAAGUGGUCAGAUGACGCAGAUGCUAAGCUACAGGACUGUUUUGCUAGCACAGACUGGAACAUGUUCCGGGAUUCUUCAGAUAGCAUUGAGGAGUACACCACAUCAGUCACUGGCUUCAUAAAUAAGUGCAUCGUCCCCAUAGUGACCGUACGUACAUAAACCAACCAGAAGCCAUGGAUUACAGGAAACAUCCGCACUGAGCUAAAGGGUAGAGCUACCGCUUUCAAGGAGUGGGACUCUAACCCGGACGCUUAUAAGAAAUCCCGCUAUGCCCUCCGACCAACCAUCAAACAGGCAAAGAGUCAAUACAGGACUAAGAUUGAAUCGUACUACACCGGCUCUGAUUCUCGUCGGAUGUGGCAGGGCUUGAAAACUAUCACAGACUACAAAGGGAAGCACAGCCGCGAGCUGCCCAGUGACACAAGACUUCCAGACGAGCUAAACCACUUCUAUGCUCGCUUCGAGGCAAGCAACACUGAAGCAUGCAUGAGAGCACCAGCUGUUCCGGAUGACUAUGUGAUCACGCUCUCCGUAGCCGAUGUGAGUAAGACUUUUAAGCAGGUCAACAUUCACAAGUCCUCAGGGCCAGACGGAUUACCAGGACGUGUACUCAGAGCAUGUGCUGACCAACUGGCAAGUGUCUUCACUGACAUUUUCAACAUGUCCCUGACUGAGUCUGUAAUACCAACAUGUUUCAAGCAGACAACCAUAGUCCCCGUGCCCAAGGACACUAAGAUAACCUGCCUAAAUGACUACCGACCCGUAGCACUGACGUCUGUAGCCAUGAAGUGCUUUGAAAGGCUGGUCAUGGCUCACAUCAACACCAUUAUCCCAGAAACCUUAGACCCACUCCAAUUUGCAUACAGCCUCAACAGAUCCACAAAUGAUGCAAUCUCUAUUGCACUCCACACUGCCCUUUCCAACCUGGACAAGAGGAACACCUACGUGAGAAUGCUAUUCAUUGACUACAGCUCAGCAUUCAACACCAUAGUGCACUCAAAGCUCAUCACUAAGCUAAGGAUCCUGGGACUAAACACCUCCCUCUGCAACUGGAUCCUGGACUUCCUGACGGGCCGCCCCCAGGUGGUAAGGGCAGGUAACAACACAUCUGCCACACUGAUCCUCAACAUGGGGGCCCCUCAGGGGUGCGUGCUCAGUCCCCUCCUGUACUCCCUGUUCACCCAUGACUGCAUGGCCAGGCAUGACUCCAACACCAUCAUUAAGUUUGCCGACGACACAACAGUGGUAGGCCUGAUCACCGAAUACAAUGAGACAGCCUAUAGGGAGAAGGUCAGAGACCUGGCCGUGUAGUGCCAGGAUAACAACCUCUCCCUCAACGUGACCAAGACAAAGGAGAUGAUUGUGGACUACAGGAAAAAGAAGAGGACUGAGCACGCCCCCAUUCUCAUCGACGGGGCUGUAGUGGAACAGGUUGAGAGCUUCAAGUUCCUUGGUGUCCAUAUCACCAACGAACUAUCAUGAUCCAAACACACCAAGACAGUCGUGAAGAGGGCACGACAAAGCCUAUUCCCCCUCAGGAGACUGAAAAGAUUUGGCAUGGGUCCUCAGAUCCUCAAAAAAUUAUACAGCUGCACCAUCGAUAGCAUCCUGACUGGUUGCAUCACCACCUGGUAUGGCAACUGCUUGGCCUCCGACCGCAAGGCACUACAGAGGGUAGUGCGUACGGCCCAGUACAUCACUGGGGCCAAGCUUCCUGCCAUUCAGGACCUCUAUACCAGGCGGUGUCAGAGGAAGGCCCUCAAAAUUGUCAAAGACUCCAGCCACCCUAGUCAUAGACUGUUCUCUCUGCUACCGCACGGCAAGCGGUACCGGAGUGCCAAGUCUAGGUCCAAAAGACUUCUCAACAGCUUCUACCCCCAAGCCAUAAGACUCCUGAACAGCUAUUCAUGGCUACCCGGACUAUUUGCAUUGCCCCCCACCCCCACCCCCCACCCCAUAUUUUUACACUGCUGCUACUCUGUUAAUUAUUUAUGCAUAGUCACUUUAACUCUACCCACAUGUACAUAUUACUUCAACAACCUCAACCAGCCGGUGCCCCCGCACAUUGACUCUGCACCGGUACCCCCCUGUAUAUAUAGCCUCCCUACUGUUAUUGUAUUUUACUUCUGCUCUUUUUUGUUGUUGUUUAAUUUUACUUUUUGAUUAAAAAUAAAUGCACUGUUGGUUAAGGGCAGUAAGUAAGCAUUUCACUGUAAUGUCUGCACCUGUUGUAUUCGGCGCAUGUGGCCAAUAUAAUUUGAUUUGAUUUGAUUUGAUUUGACUGCAUUAAACACUAAGUUGCAUUUUACUGGAACGUUUCAAUUCUUUCUCUUGUCAUACUUUAUGGGCAACGAAUCCAUGCCUUUUUUCUCAUUAGGAAUAAACACUAAUACAAUCCCAACAUUUAUGUUGUUGUAGAUGAUAGUAUGGAGCAGGUAAAAAUAACUCCAGUGAAGCCUGUAGUCAAUGCUCUCCAAGGAACAGACAUCACUCUCUCCUGCAACUACAAGGGCAACGUUAACUUUCUCCAAUGGUACCGUCAAUACCCCCAAUCUAGACCAGAAUGUCUUCUUCUGAUCCUACCAACCAACAAGUAUGUACAGAAUACAUCCAUUACGACUCCGUGACAGAAUGACGAACGACAGUAGACCGAAUGAAGAGAAGACCCGUGUGGACUUGAAGAUCUCAGUCUCCAGUAUCUAUGCAGCAAUAGUCUAUGUGCUGGGGGGCUAGGGGCAGUUUGUUAUAUCCAGUGUAAUUCUCCUUUCUUAUCUGGUGUCUUGUGUGAAUUUAAGUAGGCUCCCUCUAAUUCUCUCUCUCUCCAUCUCUCCCUCCACUCCCGGAGGACCUGAGCCCUAGGAUCAGGACUACCUGGCCUGAUGACUCCUGGCUGUCCCCAGUCCCCCCUGCGCCCGCGUGCACGUGCCUUGUCUAUUUCUAUGGGCACAAGCACUGUUCAUGACACAAAGUGUACAACUUAUUUCCUGCAAUUCUGCACAUUUUGUCAUGAUGUGAAAAUAACAUUUGGCAUUUUUAAAGCUAAUUUUCUAUUGUGUAUUCAUGUGAUAUUUUUGUGACAAUUAAAUUACAAUAUCUAGGGACUAAAUAAACUAAAAAAAAAUGUUUUUGCUGACAUGGGCUAGUUGAUCUAGACAUUGCUGAAAAGUAAUAAAUAGCUCUCUAAGGUAUGCCAUAACUAACAUGACAAGAGGAACUGAUGAUGCACUACCAAUUUCGAAAUUGCACCUUGUGCAUUCUACUAUUACAACUUUCAAGAGUAAGUUUAAAGUGGGAUUGAGUUCCUUAAAAAAUAUCAAAAAUAAAACAUUUCGGGGGGGGGGACUCCCGCACCCCCCCUGCCGAUCCCUUGCGCCCCCACUAGAGGGCUCGUCCCACAGUUUGGGAAACAACUCAUUAGAGGAUUAAGGACUGAAAUUGUCUUAUUCUUCUCCAUUGUUAUUUGUGAAAAGCAUACAUUUUCAGCCAAUACCAAUAGAGGGCAGUCAUGAGCUGAAAUAUCUCUAAUCAGAACUACAGCAAAAUCAUGAAGAUUACAUUUAGCAGCAAUCCAACCCAGAAAGAUAGUUGAACUCAAAUACCCAACCAAUUUAGUCUAGAGAGGUGGAGCUACAAAGUCAAUGAGUGCUUUGACAUCACAGUAUGUAGUCUACAAGAUGUUUGAGGAGAGGAUAGUGAUACUUUCUUACUUGACAGCGCAUAAAUCCAGUCAUUCAGUGCCCAUAAAGAUGUUUUAUGCAAUUCUGCUUUUUUCAAUGUUCAUUGGUAAGUGCAUAGGUUUUGCAUUGUAGUUUUGGAUUGCAUAAAACAUAUGUCGAUAUAGCAUGUACGGUACAUUAAAUGCAAUAUGAUUUAUUUAAAACAAAGGAAAAAAUAUCAGUCACAACUGAAGAGCAUGUUUUGGAGAGUGAUGGUGUUACUUUGUCCUGCAAUUACUCUGGCUCUUACAGUACUGAUACUCUACGGUGGUACCAAUAAUACAGAUCAACACCAGAAUUCCUGCUCCUCAUCACUGAAGGAGGGUUUAAGAAAAAUAAUGAAUCAACCCUCCCUCGACUGUCUGUUAAACUGAAUGAUGAGAAGACCAGCGUGGAUCUGAAGAUCUCCUCUGCUGUAGUGACACUCUGCUCUGUACUACUGUGCCAUGAAGCCCACAGUGACAGGAAACUUAGAAACCUGUCAAGAACCAUGGGAGGAAACAGACCUUCUGUAUGACAUACAUACAUACAUACAUACAUACAUACAUACAUACACUAUAUAUAGAAAAGUAUAUGGACACCCCUUCAAAUGAGUGGAUUUGGCUAUUUCAGCCACACCCGUUGCUGACAGGUGUAUAAAAUCGAUUACACAGCCAUGCAAUCGCCAUAGACAAACAUUGGCAGUAGAAUGGCCCGUACUCAAGAGCUCAGUGACUUUCAGCGUGGCACCGUCAUAGGAUGCCACCUUUCCAACACGUUAGUUUGUAAAAUGUCUGUCCUGCUAGAGCUGCCCCGGUCAACUGUAAGUACUGUUAUUGUGAAGUGGAAACGUCUAGGAGCAACAACAGCUCAGCUGCGAAGUGGUAGGCCACCCAAGCUCGCAGAACGGGACCGCCGAGUGCUGAAGCGCGUAGUGCAUAAAAAUCCCCUGUCCUCGGUUGCAACACUCUCUACUGAGUUCCAAGCUGCUUCUGGAAACAACAACAGCACAAGAACUGUUCAUCGGGAGCUUCAUGAAAUGGGUUUCCAUUGCCAAGCAGUUGCACACAAGCCUAAAACCAUCAAGCGCAAUGCCAAGCGUUGGCUGGAGAGGUGUAAAGCUCGCCGCUAUUGUAGCCUGGAGCAGUGGAAACUGGAGUGAUGAAUCAUGCUUCACCAUCUGGCAGUCCGAUGGAUGGAUCUGGGUUUGCCCCAAUGCAUAGUGCCAACUGUAAAGUUUGGGCGAGGAGUAAUUAUGGUCUGGGGCUGUUUUUCAUGGUUCAGGCUAGGCCCCUUAGUACCAGUGAAGGGAAAUCUUAACAUUACAGCAUACAAUGACAUUUUAGACGAUUCUGUACUUCCAACUUUGUGGCAACAGUUUGGGUAAGGCCCUUUCCUGUUUCAGCAUGACAAUGCCCCCGUGCACAAAGCAAGGUCCAUACAGAAAUGUUUUGUUGAGAUCGGUGCGGAAGAACUUGACUGGCCUGCAUUGAGCCCUGACCUCAACCCCAUCGAACACCUUUGGGAUGAAUUGGAACGCCGACUGCGAGCCAGGCCUAAUCGCCCAACAUCAGUGCCCGAAUGUCACACCCUGGCUCUGGGACUCAUUAUGUUGAGCCAGGGUGUGUUCAUUCUAUGUGUUCUGUUUCUAUGUUGGGUGUUCUAGGUUGUUUAUUUCUAUGUUUGACUGAGUGACUCCCAAUCAGAGGCAACAAGUGUCAGCGGUGUGCUGGUUGUCUCUGAUUGGGAGCCAUAUUUAACUGUCUGUGUUUCACUUUGUGUUUGUGGGUUUUUGUUCCGUGUUCGGUCAUUGUCACUGAGGACUUCACGAGUCGUUUAUUGUUUUGUUAUUUCGUGUGUAUGCUUUAAUUAAAUAAAGCAAGUAUGUUCGCAACUAACGCUGCGCUUUGGUCCACUCCUUCAUACGACGUUCGUGACAGAAAAACCCACCAUAAAAGGACCAAGCAGCGUGUCCAGGAGCAGGCAGACUGGACAUGGGAGGAAGCGCCAGGAAAGGAGAUGGAGAGGCUGGCGAUGGCCCAGGUGGGCAAAUCGUGGUCCUGGGAGGACAUGCUCGGGGGCAAGGGACCUUGGGGUAGGAUUAAGGCCCUGGCGAGAGAGGAGCAGCGGCGUCAGCAGUGCCAUCGUCGGACGGACGAGAGGCACCCCCAAUAAUUUUUUAGGGGGGGGCACACGGCAUGGGCGACUGGGCAGCAGGAGGCUGCCACAGGGCGAAAUGGGAGACGAGGAGAGAAGGCCACCGGGUUACGGGAGCCAUUGGCGAGAGGAGGGAAGGAAGUUGUAGAGGCACGGCGAGAGGUACUGAGGUGUAUUGCCAGUCCGGUCCGGCCCGUUCCUGAUCCCCGUUUAAGGCCAGUGGUGUGUGUUCCCAGUACGGUCCGGCCUGUCCCUGCUCCACGCACCAAGCCUACGGUGUGCGUCGCCAGCCCAGCCCGGCCUGUCCCUGCUCCACGCACCAAGCCUACGGUGUGCGUCGACAGCCCAGCCCGGCCUGUUCCUGCUCCACGCACCAAGCCUACGGUGUGCGUCGCCAGCCCAGUCCGGCCUGUUCCUGCUCCACGCACCAAGCCUACGGUGUGCGUUGCCAGCCCUGCCCGGCCUGUUCCUGCUCCACGCACCAAGCCUACGGUGUGCGUCGUCAGCCCAGCCCGGCCUGUCCCUGCUCCACGCACCAAGCCUACGGUGUGCGUCGCCAGCCCUGCCAGGCCUGUUCCUGCUCCACGCACCAAGCCAGGGGUGCGAGUCGUCAGCCUGGGCCAGCCCGUUCCUGCCACUCGCACCAAGCCAGGGGUGCGAGUCGUCAGUCCGGUGAGGCCCGUUCCUGCUACUCGCACCAAGCCAGGGGUGCGAGUCGUCAGCCUGGUCCAGCCCGUUCCUGCCACUCGCACCAAGCCAGGGGUGCGAGUCGUCAGUCCGGUGAGGCCCGUUCCGGCUCCACGCACCAAGCCUACGGGGUGCGUCGCCAGCCCAGUCCGGCCUGUUCCUGCUCCACGCACCGAGCCUACGGUGUGCGUCGCCAGCCCAGCCCGGCCUGUCCCUGCUCCACGCACCAAGCCUACGGGGUGCGUCGCCAGCCCGGCCCGGCCUGUCCCUGCUCCACGCACCAAGUCUACGGUGCGCGUCGCCAGCCCGGUCCGGCCUGUUCCUGCCACUCGCACCAAGUCUACGGUGCGCGUCGCCAGCCCGGCCCGGCCCGUUCCUGCCACUCGCACCAAGCCAGGGGUGCGAGUCGUCAGUCCGGCACAACCCGUGCCUGGGUCAUCGGUGCCAAUUCACGUACCGCUCUACUGCUCCACUAAGGAGCUGAAGCCUACCGCUCCUGCUACGUCCAGUCCAGCUCCAGCCAGCGGGGCCAGACCGGACCAGGGGCGCUAUGGGGGAUUUGUUGGAGGGUGGUGGGCAAGCCCGGAGCCGGAGCCGCCGCCGAGGAGGAAUGCCCACCCAGCCCUCCCCUGUUUUGCUCGUAUUUAGGCGCGGUCGCAGUCCGCGCCUUUAGGGGGGGGGUACUGUCACACCCUGGCUCUGGGACUCAUUAUGUUGAGCCAGGGUGUGUUCAUUCUAUGUGUUCUGUUUCUAUGUUGGGUGUUCUAGGUUGUUUAUUUCUAUGUUUGACUGAGUGACUCCCAAUCAGAGGCAACGAGUGUCAGCGGUGUGCUGGUUGUCUCUGAUUGGGAGCCAUAUUUAACUGUCUGUGUUUCACUUUGUGUUUGUGGGUUUUUGUUCCGUGUUCGGUCAUUGUCACUGAGGACUUCACGAGUCGUUUAUUGUUUUGUUAUUUCGUGUGUAUGCUUUAAUUAAAUAAAGCAAGUAUGUUCGCAACUAACGCUGCGCUUUGGUCCACUCCUUCAUACGACGUUCGUGACACCGAAUGGAAGCAAGUCCCCGCAGCAAUGUUAUAACAUCUAGUGGAAAGCCUUCCCAGAAGAGUGGAGGCUGUUUUAGCAGCAAAGGUGGGACCAACUCCAUAUUAAUGCCCAUGAUUUUUUGAAUGAGAUGUUCGACAAGGAGGUGUCCACAUACUUUUGGUCAUGUAGUGUAUGUCAAGGGGAGGGACUUAUAGUAGAGGAAGGGCUGAACAGAUGUACAGAAGCAGGGGAUAACAAUCCUUGUUGUGAACUGUUUCAGAUCUAAUUAUUAUCUGGCUGUUCCAACUCAGGAUUACAACACCUGAACGCUUAAAGAUGUCCACAUUAUCAGUCCUUCUUCACCCCAAUCAAUACUAUUUAAAUCAACCAGAUAUACAGUGUGCCCUCAAAGCUCAUCACUAAGCUAAGGACCCUGGGACUAAACACCUCCCUCUGUAACUGGAUCCUGGACUUCCUGAUGGGCCGCCCCCAGGUGGUAAGGGUAGGUGACAACCCAUCUGCCACGCUGAUCCUUAACAUGGGGGCCCCUCAGGGGUGCGUGAUCAAUCCCCUCCUGUACUCCCUGUUCACCCAUGACUGCAUGGCCAGAAACGACUCCAACACCAUCAUUAAGUUUGCCGACGACACAACAGUGGUAGGCCUGAUCACCGACAAUGAUGAGACAGCCUAUAGGGAGGAGGUCAGAGACCUGGCCGUGUGGUGCCAGGAUAACAAUCUCUCCCUCAACGUGCUCAAGACAAAGGAGAUGAUUGUGGACUACAGGAAAAAAAAGAGGACUGAGCACGCCCACAUUCUCAUCGACAGGGCUGUAGUGAAACAGGUUGAGAGCUUCAAGUUCCUUGGUGUCCACAUCACCAACAAUCUAUCAUGGUCCAAACACACCAAGACAGUCGUGAAGAGGGCACGACAAAGCCAAUUCCCCCUCAGGAGACUGAAAAGAUUUGGCAUGGCUCCUCAGAUCCUCAAAAAGUUAUACAGCUGCACCAUCGAGAGCAUCCUGACUGGUUGCAUCACCACCUUGUAUGGCAACUGCUCAGCCUCCGACCGCAAGGUACUACAGAGGGUAGUGCGUACGGCCCAGUACAUCACUGGGGCCAAGCUUCCUGCCAUCCAGGACCUCUAUACCAGGCGGUGUCAGAGGAAGGCCCUAAAAAUGGUCAAAGACUCCAGCCACCCUAGUCAUAGACUGUUCUCUCUGCUACCACACUGCAAGUGGUACUGGAGCGCCAAGUCUAGGUCCAAAAGGCUUCUUAACAGCUUCUACCCCCAAGCCAUAAGACUCCUGAACAGCUAAUCAUGGCUACCCGGACUAUUUGCAUUGCCCCCCCAGCACACCCACUCCAACCUCCUCUUUUAUGCUGCUGCUACUCUGUUUAUUAUUUAUGCAUAGUCACUUUAACUCUACCCACCUGUACAUAUUACCUCAAUUACCUCGACUAACCGGUGCCCCCGCACAUUGACUCUGUACCGGUACCCCCUGUAUAUAACCUCCCUACUGUUAUUUUAUUUUACUGCCGCUCUUUAAUUAUUUGUUAUUUUUAUUUUUUCUUAAACUGCAUUGUUGGUUAUAGGCUUGUAAGUAAGCAUUUCACUGUAAUGUCUACACCUGUUGUAUUCGGCGCAUGUGGCAAAUAAAAUGUGAUGUGUUUUGAUUUGAUUUGAGUAUAACUCCGUAUCUUCUAAAGAGGGCCUCACCUCAACACUACACAAACCUUUAUUUCUCUGAGCAGGUGGCUCCUCCUCCUGACAGUGGAGGUAGUUGCAGGGCAGACAGACAGCAGCCAUACAUUACAUAUCACAUAUCACAUCCUGCAGAUCACAGUACACUGCAUAUCAGACAGUUGAGUUAACACCUGUCCUGUAGCUGCAUUUUCUGUCACAUACACCAUGAUGUUGCUCACUUCAAUCAUACUGUUUUCAUCACUUGUUGGUAAGUAAGGUUUUAUAAAAAGUAAUGUCCAUACUGUCUAAUGGUACUAUUUUAGUCUUGAAUAAUGUUGUGCUUCAAUUAUGAAAUAUGACAUUCUGGUCAUGUACUGUAUUUAUUAGUCUUCAUGUGUAAUUUCUUCUCCUUCACAGGUGAUACUUUAGAGGAUGAUAUUACUCCAACCAGCCCUGAGGAGUACUUUAUGGAGGGUAGCAGAGUUAAGCUCUCCUGUAACUAUACAGUAAAAGCAGAUAGUCUGUUGUGGUACAGACAGUACUCUGGAUCAGGUCUCCAAUUCCUUUACCUCAUAACAACUACCAAUAAGCCACAUGAAGUGAGAGGUGAUCAACAAGACCUUCAACUGUCUGUUACACUGAACAAGGAGAGAACCCGUGUGGAUCUGGAGAUCUCCUCUGCUGAAGUUACAGAUUCUGCUCUGUACUACUGUGCCCUGCAGCCCACAGUGACAGGAAACCCAGAACCACUGUACAAAAACCUGACUGCUCCUGAUAAACUCUUAUGCAUAUUUUAG